AUGGAGACAGACGAAGGAGAAUCGUCCAGCAGUGGUCCUAUUUCAACGUUGAACAGCCUCUUUUCAUUUACUAGUCCGGCUGUGAAAAAGUUGCUGGGUUGGAAACAAGGAGAUGAAGAGGAAAAAUGGGCAGAGAAGGCAGUAGAUAGUUUGGUGAAGAAACUGAAAAAAAGAAAAGGUGCAAUAGAAGAAUUAGAAAGAGCUUUAAGUUGUCCUGGACAGCCCAGUAAAUGUGUGACUAUACCUAGAAGUUUAGAUGGAAGACUCCAGGUUUCCCACAGAAAAGGCUUACCGCAUGUAAUUUAUUGUCGCGUAUGGAGAUGGCCUGAUUUGCAAAGCCACCAUGAGCUAAAACCUCUAGAGCAUUGUCAGUAUCCAUUUUCCGCUAAACAAAAAGAAGUCUGCAUCAAUCCUUAUCAUUAUAAGCGAGUGGAAAGUCCAGUUUUGCCCCCAGUUCUCGUUCCUAGACACAACGAUUUUGUUCCAGGACAUUCACUGUUACCAUUUCAACAGUUGGUAGAACCAAACAUGCCACACAAUGUCAGCUAUUCUUCAAAUGGCUUCAAUAGUCCUGGCUCACCAAUAUCUAGCGUGUCUAGUCCAGGCAGUGUUAUUUUAAAUAAUCCUCAGUCGCCUUAUGCCAACUUAGCUGAGACUCCACCCCCUGCUUACAGUCCCACUGAUGAAAAUGCUUCCACUACCACAAACAACAAUCCCAGUCCAGAACCAUCCAUAACUCAAGAUGUUCACCCUGUGCCAUACCAAGAUCAACCAUUCUGGGCUUCAAUUGCUUACUAUGAACUUAACAGUAGAGUGGGAGAAGUCUUUCAUUGUAGCUCAACUUCAGUGAUUGUGGAUGGCUUUACAAAUCCCAGUAAUAACAAUGACAGAUUCUGUUUGGGGCAAUUGAGCAAUGUCAACAGAAAUAGUACCAUCGAAAACACUAGAAGGCAUAUAGGUAAGGGUGUGCAUUUAUACUACGUCAAUGGUGAGGUGUAUGCAGAAUGCCUAUCAGAUUCUGCCAUUUUUGUUCAAUCUCGUAACUGCAACCAUCAUCACAAUUUCCAUCCAUCCACUGUAUGUAAAAUCCCAGCUGGAUGUUCCUUGAGAAUCUUCAAUAAUGCAGAAUUCGCCCAGCUACUCUCUCAAUGUGUCAAUCAUGGUUUUGAGGCAGUCUACGAGCUCACAAAAAUGUGUACCAUUAGGAUGAGCUUUGUAAAGGGCUGGGGAGCAGAAUACCAUCGACAAGAUGUCACAAGUACACCCUGUUGGAUCGAAAUCCACUUGCACGGACCUUUGCAGUGGCUUGACAAAGUUUUGACACAGAUGGGAGCUCCACGUAACGCCAUUAGUUCAGUGUCAUAA